AGUCACAGCCCCCUUGCCUGGGUGUGUCCUCCGCGCGCUCCCUCCCUCCCUCUUAGGUCACUCUUGCAACCCUCGAAUAAAAACUGCAGCCAACUUCCGAGGCGGUCUCAUUGCCCAGCGGACCCCCAGCCGGUGACAGGUUGGGUCCUCGUCGCCCUCUCCCGGGUACCAGCGCACCGCCACCCUCCGGCUCCCGGCGCCCGCUCCCUCUGUUCGCUCCCGCACCAUGGGCGAAUUUUGGUGGCACGCAGCCUGGGGACUGUGCCUUGUGCAGCUGAGCCUGGCGCAGCCACAGAUCGAUUUGAAUAUAACCUGCCGCUAUGCAGGUGUAUUCCACGUGGAGAAGAACGGUCGUUACAGCAUCUCUCGAACAGAGGCACCUGAUCUCUGCCAGGCCUUCAACAGCACCCUGCCCACCAUGGCCCAGAUGGAGCGGGCCCUGGAUCAGGGAUUUGAGACAUGCAGGUACGGGUUCAUAGAAGGGCACGUGGUGAUCCCGCGGAUCACCCCCAACGCCAUCUGCGCAGCCAACAACACAGGGGUGUACAUUCUCACCUCCAAUACCUCCUACUACGACACAUACUGCUUCAAUGCCUCAGCUCCGCUAGAAGAAGACUGCACAUCAGUCACAGACCUGCCCAAUUCCUUUGAAGGACCUGUGACCAUAACUAUUGUCAACCGUGAUGGCACCCGUUACAGCAAGAAAGGAGAAUACAGGACGAACCCAGAAGACAUCAACCCCUCCAACCCUAUGGAUGAUGACGUGAGCAGUGGGUCCUCCAGUGAGAGGAGCACUCCUGGAACUUACAUCUUUAACACCCACCUUCCCACCGCACACCCAACCAGAGACCACGAGAGUACCUGGUUCUACAAGACCACCCAGGACACCAUUACCUCAACUGUGCAUGCAGCAACUCAGGAGAAAAAUAAUUGGAUGUGGUUUUGGUUUGGUAAUUCACAGCCUCAGACUCAGGAUUCCACAACGACAGCAAGCACAGGUACGGAGUCACAUACCAUCUCAACAGGCUGGGAGCUAAAUGAAGAAAAUGAAGAUGAGACAGACAAAUUCCUCAGUUUUUCUGGAUCAGACAUUGAUGAUGAUGAAGAUUUUAUCUCCAGCACCAUUUCAACCACUCCAUGGAUUUCUGACCACACAAAACAGAACCAAGAUUGGACCCAGUGGAGGCCAAGCCAUUCAAAUUCAGAAGCACUACUUCAAACAACCACCAUGAUGACUGCAGAUAUAGGCCGAAGCAGCACCAUUGCUCAUGGAGAAAACCGGACCCAGGAACCACAGCCUCCUUUCAUUCACCAGGAGGAGCCUCAGGACCAGGAGGAGAACCCACAGGCUCCAAGCACAACCUGGGCGACUCCCAGUAGUACAGCAGAAGAAACAACUACUCUGAAAGAGCCAUGGUUUGAGAACGGAUGGCAUGGGGGACCUUCCCAAACACCAAGAGAAGACUCCCAUGCAACCACAGGGACAACUGCCUCAACCCACAACCAUCCAAGUCAAGAAAUGACAACACAGAGUCAAAAAGACAUUUCCUGGACUGAUUUCCUCGACCCAACCUCAUACCCAACGGGACAAGACCAUCAAGAAGAAAAGCUGGAUACAAACGCCAGUCAUAGUGCAACACUUCAGCCUACUGCACAUGUAAGCACAGAUUUGGUGGAAGACAUGGACAGGACAGGACCUCUUUCAGUGACAACUCAGCAAAACCAGUUUCAAAGCUUCUCCUCCACACAUGAAGAACUGGAAGAGGACAGUGACCACCCAACAACUGCCACUCUGCCAUCUAGCACUAGGAGUGAUGGCAAAGGUGGAAGGAGAGGCGGAAUUCUUCCUGAAAACUCAACAACUUUAUUUGAGAAUUAUACUCCUCAGUACCCAGACCUAAAGGAAAACAGGACCCUUAUCCCAGUGACCUCUGCAGAGACUGGGACCUUUGGAGAAACAGAAAUUACUGUUGCUGAUGGUUCCAACUUUAACGUUGAUGGCCCCUUUUCAGGAGACCAAGACUCACGCAUGAACCCUAGUGGGGGGUCCCACACCACUCAUGGAUCUGAAUCAGCUGGACACUCCAGUGGGAGUCAAGAAGGUGGGGCACACACGACCUCCUCCAGUCCUACGCGGAGGCCCAUGAUUCCGGAGUGGCUCAUCAUCUUGGCCUCGCUCUUGGCCCUGGCCCUGAUUCUAGCUGUUUGCAUUGCUGUCAAUAGUCGGAGAAGGUGUGGACAGAAGAAAAAGCUGGUUAUCAACAGUGGCAAUGGGACAGUGGAGGACAGAAAGCCCAGUGAGCUCAACGGAGAUGCCAGCAAGUCUCAGGAAAUGGUGCAUUUGGUGAACAAGGAGCCAUCAGAGACCCCAGACCAGUUUAUGACAGCUGACGAGACACGGAACCUGCAGAAUGUGGACAUGAAGAUUGGGGUGUAGCACCUCUGCCACCCUCUUGGAAAGAAAUCGUGGUUGGAGAUAUGCCAUUACAGGGAGCUGGGACACUUACCAGAUGCAAUGUGCUACUGAUUGUUUUAUUGGGGAUUUUUUUUUAGCAUAAAAUUUUCUAUUCCUUUUUACUUUUUGUGUUUUUUUUAAAGUCAAGUCCAAUUUACAAAAAUAGCACUGCUUUCUGAAAUGAGAUCCCAAAGAAUAAUCCAGAAGAAUUUGACUGUUCCAGUUCCCAUCUAGAGGCCUUACAUCCCCCAGGGUGUGUUAUAGAGGGCUUCUAACAAGUGCCACGGAUACAUGUACCCAAUCCCUUACCUUCUCCCUACCCUACAUCCCAGGUAACAGUCACCGGCUAAGGAUAUCCCCUGGGACUAAGACGGAUGGGUGCCUGGGAGGAUAUUUGAAUGGGUGUACAUUGCCUUUCUAGCAACUCAAUCCCUGGGCGUUGCUUUCCAGGGGCUGGUGGGUCAGGUGUACUGGUUAUACACUCCCUUUAUAGACUCCAUACCCCUGGAAAAUUUUUCAGAUGCUUCUGGGAGACACCCAAAGGGUGCAGCUAUUUAUCUGUAGUAAGCUAUUUAUCUGUGUGUUUGAAAUAUCAAAACCUGGAGGUCCUUUGAUCAGUAUAAUGUUUUUAGGUUACUUUGUCAAAGGCACAACAGGGGUUAAGUCGAUUCAUAAUAAACAUCUGCACAUCUUCCAUCUUAGCCCUUUGUGCUGUGAUCCUUUGGUUUCUAAGCCAACAGAUUCUGAGCCUCCAUAGCUCAUUAGGAUGACCUGAGAAUGGUCCUUCUAAACUCAUUCAGAGCCCCUGCAUUCCACUCCGGCCCAUCCAGCCGAGCUUCCUAAAAGAUCAACAUAGGAAGAACUGUUUUGUUUCCAACACUGUCCCAAGGCUCCUGGCCCAAUUGUGCUACCAGAAUUGAGAGAAGACUUUCAGGUCCUUUGAUGGCUGGCUACCUUUUUCUCUCCUAAAGAGCUUUGAAAGGUUACAUUAAGUUAGUAUGGCCUAUCAUUUUUAGGGUCCUAUUUCACAGAGGCUAGCCUUUUGGGUGAUUUCAAAAAAAAAAAAAAAACAAUAUGGAAAUGACUUUGAACACCUUAUAAUAAAAGGAGCAUCUAA